AGGCAAAAAAAAUGUAAAUUUGCAGGGGGGAAUUUUGGGGGAAAAAAAGACAAAAUAACAAAUUUAAUAAACUGCUGAUCUCUUCGCGUCUUUUACUCUACUCUGACGGUCUCUCCGCGCAUCAUCAGUCUCUCAGCCAAUUAUCCCGGUGCGCCCGUCGUCCCCUCACGCCGUCGCCGUCGCCGGCUCGCCGCCGCCACCGCCAACACAAGAUCCGGACGCCAUUCUUCGCGUGCUGCUUAGCUCCUCCCUUUCCUUGCCUCCGGUUUCCUUCCCUCGGGUCAGUUAGUUGCUCAGGCGCGGCGCGGCGCGGCGCUACCCGGAGGUUGCUGCGAGCUCCGUCGGCGCACGCAUGGCACGCCGCGUCCCCGCCCGAGCACGAUCCGUCGGCGGCGGCCCUCGCUCCGAGGGUGCGCGACCCGGACCAAAGACCGGAGCAGCAGGCGCCAGCGGGGGUGGCGCCGAGGACGCACUCCACGUGUUCGACGAAUUGCUCCGGCAAGGCAGGGGCGGGGGCGGGGGCGCCUCGAUCAUCCGCAGCUUGAACCGCGCCCUCGCCGCCGUCGCGCGCGACAGCCCCGCGGCCGCCGUGUCCGGCUUCAACCGCAUGGCACGAUCCAGCGACGGCGCGGUGACUCCCACCUUGCACACCUAUGGCAUCCUCAUCGGCUGCUGCUGCCGCGCGGGCCGUUUGGACCUCGGUUUCGCGGGAUUGGGCAAUGUUAUUAAGAAGGGAUAUAGAGUGGAACCCAUCAUCUUUACUCCUCUGCUCAAGAGCCUCUGUGCCGAGAAGAGGACGAGCAACGCAAUGAACAUAGUGCUCCGCAGAAUGACAGAGCUUGGCUGCGCGCCGCAUGUCUUCUCCUACAACAUUCUUCUCAAGGGACUCUGUCAUGAGAGCAGAAGCCAAGAAGCUCUCGAGCUGCUGCACAUGAUGGCGGAUGAUGGAGGAGACUGCCCUCCUGAUGUGGUGUCGUACAGCACCAUCAUCGAUGGCUUGUUCAAAGAGGGGGAUUCGGACAAAGCUUACAGUACAUACCAUGAAAUGCUGGAGCGAGGGAUUUUACCAGAUGUUGUGACUUACAACACUAUUGUCGCUGCCUUGUGCAAGGCUCAAGCUAUGGAUAAGGCCAUGGAUGUACUUAAUAGGAUGGUUAAGAAUGGAGUCAUGCCCGAUUGCAUCACAUAUAAUAGUAUUGUGCAUGGAUAUUGCUCUUCUGGACAGUCGAAAGAAGCUAUUGGAAUUUUGGAAAAGAUGUGCAGCGAUGGUGUUGAACCAGAUGCUGUUACUUAUACAUCUCUAAUGGACUAUCUCUGCAAGAACGGAAGAUGCAUAGAAGCUAGAAAGAUUCUUGAUUCUAUGAUCAAGAGGGGCCUAAAGCCUAAUGUUAUUACAUACAGUACCUUGCUUCAUGGUUAUGCUACGAAAGGAGCUCUUGUUGAGAUGCGUGAUCUCUUGGAUUUGAUGGUACGAAAUGGUAUCCAACCUGAUCGUCAUGUCUUUAGCAUACUAAUAUGUGCAUGCACUAAGCAUCAAAAUGUAGAUGUGGCCAUGUUUGUAUUCAGCAAAAUGAGGCAGCAAAGAUUAACUCCGGAUGUAGUGACCUACGGAACAUUGAUAGAUGGACUUUGUAAGUCAGGCAGAGUAGAUGAUGCAAUGCUUAAUUUGGAGCAGAUGAUUAGUGAAGGUGUAACCCCUAACAUCGUUAUUUUCAACACACUGAUUCAUGGUCUCUGUACCAGUGACAAAUGGGAGAAGGCUGAGGAGUUAAUCUCUGAAAUGAUUAACAGAGGAAUCUGUCCGGACACAAUUUCCUUUAAUUCAAUAAUUGAUAAUCUUUGCAAAGAAGGGAGGUUUAUAGAAUCUGAAAAACUCUUUGGCCUGAUGGGACGUAUUGAUGUGAAGGUUGAUGUCAUUACAUACAGUACACUCAUCGAUGGAUAUUGCUUGGCAGGUAAGAUGGAUGAAGCAAUGAAGUUACUUUCUGACAUGGUCUCAGUUGGGUUGAAACCUGAUACUGUUACUUAUAGCACUUUGAUUAAUGGCUACUGUAAAAUUAGUAGGAUGGAGAAUGCAUUAUCUCUUUUCAGGCAGAUGGUGUGCAAUGGUGUUAGUCCUAAUAUUAUCACGUAUAACAUAGUUCUUCAAGGUUUAUUUCAGACUGGACAAACUCGUGCUGCUAAAGAAAUCUAUGUCAGGAUUAUCAAAAGGGGAAUACAGCUUGAAAUUAGCACAUGCAACAUAGUCCUUCAAGGACUUUGCAAAAAUAAUCUCACUGGUGAGGCACUUCAGAUGUUUCAGAAUCUAUGUUUGAUGGAUGUAAAGCUUGAGACUAGAACUUUCAAUAUAAUGAUUGGUUCCUUGCUUAGAAGUGGCAGAAAGGAUGAAUCAAAGGAUUUGUUUGCUGCUCUCUCGGCAAAUGGUUUAGCACCGGAUGUUGUGACCUAUACCUUAAUGAUUGAAAAUCUCAUAGAAGAUGGCUUGCUCGAAGAGUCUGAUAAUCUAUUUCUUUCAAUGGAGAAGAAUGGCUGUGUUCCUAACUCCCGUAUGCUUAAUUGCAUCGUCAGAAAGUUACUUCAGAAAGGGGAGAUAGGCAGGGCUGGUGUUUAUCUGUCCAAAAUUGAUAAAAAUGACUUCUCCCUUGAAGCUUCCACUGCUGAGUUACUGAUUUUGCUGGUUUCAAGUGGGAAGUACAAUCAACAUAUGAAGGGUCUCCCUGAGAAGUACCACUCCUUUGUGAAAUCCAGGGCUGUUUGAAAAUGCCUACAGUUAUGCAGACAUCAUUGGCCUUCUCUAAAUUAGUUGUAUGAAGAAUAAAUUCUUGACCAAGGUCUUGCAGUGGGUGUUCUGUUGGUUUGUUCUGAAGUCUCUGAACUCAUUUACAGAUGGGUUGCUAGAGUGCUGGUGAACAGCGCGAAGCCUGCUGGCACCGGUCACAAGGAAGUUGUACUCCCAAGCCAUGUUGCUACAUUCUCACAGAUUCUUGGGAAAGAAGGCAUGCAUGGCUUGUUGUAGGGGUACAAUAGUAUUCAGUGUACUUUCAUGAUUAAGCUUGACAAAUGUUUACUGUGUCUAUAACCUUUCUAUCGCAUGAACAUUGUUCGAAUGUGAUAGACUGAAACUGAUGUGCUUACAAAUAAGCCAUUGGUGAAAUCAAAUGGCUUCCUGAGCUUGCUUGGGUUGCGCUCGACCUUCUCCAAGCAAGGGAAUGACCGUGAGAUCAAGAUUACAAGGCAUUUGUGCAAGUGCCCCACUUACCGGGUCACAUAAACACAAGUGGAUGGGUCCAGCAAUCAGAAUGUCACUUCCAAGCUUCAGGUUUGGUAAAAAAGCAAGUGGAGGGUAUCCAUGAUUUCCCAAAAGAGAACUGUCAAACCCUCCACUCUCUGAAGAAGCCAUAUGCGGUGUUCUUUUUCAGAAAACAAAAAAAAAAGGGGGGUUUCUGGAAAUAUAGACCUUUUAUCGAAUAGUUCGAACUGAACAUGAUAUGCGCUUUGAAUUUCGGACAGAUAAGAGGACCAUCAUGAUCUUCUCAAGUACUCUUGCCGAGUGGAAUGCAGAGUGCGCCCAGUAACAACAACUGGCUGUUUCACCCGGCUGUUGUUGACGUGGACCACGAAUGUGACCAAAAAAAAAAUCACAUGUGGCAGCUUUGACCAAGAAUGCGUGUAGAUACCCUUAAUUUCCUUCAGAAAAUUACAGGCCUGCAAUUUGGAAGGACUCAUGAAGAAACAAAUACUACAAUCUAGUGCAUUAGUACUAGACUGUAAAAAUUGUGAGUCUGUGCUUAUCUAUUACUAUCCAAAAGUAAAAUUGUUCCAUUGAAGUAAAAUUUUUCGUGAUUAGCUGUUGGGAUUAGUCCCACAUCAAUCAUUGAUAAUAGGGAAGCACGACUUAAUAGGGUGGGGAUAGUUCUCACCUAUCAAAUUAGCCUUUUGGGUUCUAUAGGCUCGAUAAGGACCUAAAAUUUUGGGCUGUGUAAGCUUAUGAUGCAUUCAAAGAAAAACAAUGCAAAUUUGGAAACAAA